UACAAAUAAAAGAGAAAGAAAAAUAGGCUGAACAGAAAGAGAAGAGGGAAGGAUUUUGGGUGAGAGGCCUUGGAGAAGAUAAAACAAGAGCGCCGAUUUUUUAUUUUUAUUCUUUUUUCUUGGCGUCCAAACACAUCUUGCAGAGGCAGGAAGUUGGAAAAACUGAUCUGGGGUUGUCUUAUUUUCUCGGGGAAAUGGAUAGUUUUUUCAGAAAAUUUGCUUCUUUUUCUACGUUUCUGCUGCUAUAGUAAUUAUAGAUAUUUUUGAAGGAUUUUCUUUGAUCUUGAGAGAUAUAGAAAUGGAUAAGGAAGGGAAGAAUCAGAAAGGGUGUAGAGGUUCGGAACCAGACUUUCUGUUGAGGUGGGGGAACAGGAAGAGACUUAGAUGUGUGAAAGUCAAAGAUGGAAGAAACGUUGCAGAGAAAUCAGACUGUUUGGGUAGCAAGAAAAUCACCUCUCGUGUUGAUCGCCGCGUUGUCACUGCCGAGAAGGAGACUCCCUCUCCACAAACCCAUCGUCUGAAUAGGAUCUCGGAUUCACCAAUGAAAAACAGAGAGAAUCGGAAGAUAUCGGCGACUUCACCGGAAAAGGAAGAUCGGUACUACACAACAAGAGGGUCAAUGGGGAUGAUGGAUGAUAAUGGGAAAGUGUUGAUGGAUCAUGGAGGAGAGGAUAGAGGGACCGUUUGGCCAAAACUGUUUAUUUCAUUGUCGAGCAAAGAAAAAGAGGAGGAUUUCAUGGCUAUGAAAGGGUGUAAGCUUCCUCAGAGGCCUAAGAAAAGAGCCAAGUUGAUCCAAAAAACCUUACUUUUGGUGAGUCCAGGUGCAUGGCUAUCAGACCUGUGCCAAGAGAGGUAUGAAGUGAGGGAGAAGAAGGCUUCCAAGAAGGUGCUUUUUUUUUUUGGCCCUAAAUUCUCCCCCCAUAUUUCUAUUUUGCCCUCACCUGUUUGGUUGAUGAGAAAGUUUACGGAAGAAUUGUUGAAUAUGGGAUUUUUCCCUAAUUGGAACACCCAAAACAAAAAAUCUUCUCCAAAUAAGGCUAAUAGAACAAUUAAGCCUCAUAAUCUAUUUUCUUUCCUUGUCCCUCAGUUUUCUCAGCCUCCAAAGGGUGGAUUUUUAGAUCAUCUAAAAUUUUGUUAAUAGGGUGCGUUUUAAAUGUCAUUGGAUGCAGAGACCCAGAGGAUUGAAGGCCAUGGGAAGCAUGGAGAGUGAUUCAGAAUGACACAGAGAAGAGAAACAGAGGCAACAAGAUUUGAUUUUUUUUUUUUUUUUUGGUUUCCUUCAUUUUUUUGGUAGUUAGAGGAGAAAAUUAGAGAGAUAACAACAAGAAAAGAAAUGAAAGAAAAGUGGGUUGGUUCUCUAUCUCUAUCUCUUUCCCUUUCUCUGUGUCACAAAAAUAAAAAUGUUUGUCAUUUCUGAUAUAUAGUGAUAGACUUCUUUUUCAUGAAA